AUGUUCUGGCGCAAGAGUAAGUCGGAAGCCGCUGCUACAGCUGCUCAAUCAGCUACAAAUCAUUCGAGUUCCAAAAACAAUAGCACGGGCAAUCUGGCUGAGUUAAAAGAAGCAGCAUUACGAAUGGAACGUAAAAGUCUGAUAUCUAUCUAUAUCUUAUGCAGAGUACUCAUGGAAGUUGUAAAACAAAGCCCUCCUGAUGUUCUCGGUGAUGACUUGAGUGAGAAAUUAGAAGAGAUAGUGUUCAAACAAUUGCGGACUGGCGAUCCGCGGACGUUAUCAAUGAGUGUUAUUCGACGGGAAAACUGGAAUUUGUUUGCUGAAUUACUAGGAGAGAUGUCGAAUUCACGUUUUCUGAGCGUCGGGGAUCGAUUUAUAGCUGAGCUAGAAAAGGUGCCGUCUGUCAUUUCGAAAGAGCAGGAGCCACAUAUUUUGCUGCUAAUCAACGGAAUGAAGUAUCUGAAGCUGAAGAUAUAUCCUAUGGAUGCGCUUGAAGAAUCUGCAGAAUUCAUUGAGUCGCUUGGAAAGUUCUUCAGCCGGUCAAAUAGCACACCUGUAAAGAUUGCGUACUCUGAGGCUUUAUCACAAAUUCUAUUACCACUAGCUGGUGUUGCUACAGCUGAACUCAACCACCCAAUGUGGGUUAAGCCCGUUGAGACUAUUUUCGCUAAAGCAAUGGAGAUGAUUGCUAAACCGAAAUAUUGGGCUGUUGCUUUUCAACUGGCGACUGUGAUUCUCAGUGUAGCACCACAGGAGUUAUUUGCUCGUCACUGGCUAACAUUAUUUGAAUCACACGCUUCGAAAAUCAAGGACAAGGCCAAUAGGGCUGUUAUAUAUAUAGGAGUGUCACGUUUACUUUGGGUGUUUGUUUUCCGAUGGUCUGAAACUCUUAACAGUACAACAAAGAAGUUAGAUAUUGUUUCAAAAGUGCUCUUCAACCCGGGAAACAAAAAGCUCUGGACAUCGUGGGAAUCAGGGAUUACAACAGCCGCUUGUGUAUAUUUGAUCCGCAUUGGCUCCCAUGGAUAUCUCCAAUACGUGUUAGAUAACAUAUUGUUGCAAAUGGUGCAUUCAGGUUCUGUGGACACCCUCACUUUGGAGUCCAUAAUCCCUGAAAGAGCGACAGUCGGAGUUCGAUCCUUCAUGUAUAUACUCUCCGAUCAUGAAACUACCGGCACCUCUGCGUCCCGACCUCCAUUCCCUGACGAUGUCGUUUUGCAGUCUGUUAUGUCAAAUAAGGAUCGUUCAGAGCCAAAACACAUACCUCUUCCAACAGGUUCGUUGUUGCAGUUUUAUGAAAAGUGCUGUAAAUGCAUUGUUAAGCUUGCAGUUCUCUGCGAUACGCAGUUUGGAGCUCAUAUCACUUCAGUUGAUGACCGCCCCAUUCAACUAAAACCGAUGUCUGUAUCUUUCCACUUUGGCAAUAACGAUAGCUAUGCUCAGCAUCAAAGAUUGGCAUAUCUUGAACUAUUUUCGGCAGUUAUCGAUUUCAUCCCAUGGUGCCACUUUCCAGAUACACAGACUCUUACUAGAACGACUGAAAUUCUCUGUCGCAACGUCGUUCACAGCAACCCCAAGGUAGCACAAGCAUCUAUAUCAGCGUUGAAAUGUUUGGUGGAAACCAGGGAUACAAGGGCCAUUGUCAAUAUUUACACCAAGUUAAUGUUUUCCUUUGAUGAGAAAAUAUUCACCAGUUAUGACUGCCCGCCUUCCUCUGCUUCCGAGUUUGAGAAAAUUUUGCAGGUAUAUGUAUCACUGUUAGAGAUAUGGAUUGCGAACAUUAGAGUUCUUACCAAAAGAGACGCAAAUCAGUCUGAAACAUCAGGCAGUUUAUCAGUCUCACAACCAAGCGACGAUGAUUCGUCAAGGAGAAGUGACGAUAUGAUUUUGAACAAUUGGUGGUCUGCAGUCGAGGAGAUUGAGGGCAAUGGGUUGUUUUUCUUGUGUUCUCAAGAUAGGGCUAUCAGGUUACUGGCUGUAAAAAUCAUCCGGCUGACAACAGAGUUUGAUGAAGCUAUCCGAGAUCAUGGUCAACAUAUGACCAAGUCUCAUUCAAGAACUCCGUCGAAAAGCACAUUAACUCCUCCUUGUAGGGUUAUACAGCUUAUGGAAACAGUUGACUUGACCGAGCUGUUUGAGGCCUCGAAGCCCAAUAUUGAAUUGAGUAUGCCAGAGCGUAGCCGUCUUGCAAAGCUCCAUGGCAAAAAGAAGGAAACAUUGGUUGCAUUAGCGGAGUCUGACUAUGGUGUUGACACUGCUCUUUGGUUAAAGGCCUUCCCGACAUUCAUUAAAAAAUGCUUUGAAAAUUAUCCCAUCCCAAUAGCAAUCUGUCGCAACAUUGUCUGUGUUCGAUUGGUUCGUAUGUAUGACGUGGUGGUUGAGUUUUCGAGGUCAGAAGCUGUUGCCGGAACUGCGAAUUAUGCAUUUAUUCUGAAACACCCAAUGAGGACGCACCCCGAGGUUGUGGUUGAACAAUGGAGAACUUAUUUAAUAGUGGCCUGUUCAACUCUAACGCUUACUGACGAGCAAAAACUCCAUAUACCUGAUAGCAGAUAUCAGCAUGGCCGUAAGAAAUCUGCUCAGAAGAUUACAAUUCACCACCAACGGAUAACCUCAGUUAGGUCUGUGUUCCGAAUGGUGAUUCCUCUAUUGGGCGUGGAUCAUCCCGUCAUCCGAGAUGCUAUUAUCACUGGUAUUGGAUGUAUCAACGUUAAUAUUUACAAAGCACUGAUUGAAUGCUUACAGCCGGCCAUUGAGACAUGGGCGGAGGAGUCACAGCGAUUGAAUCAGUCACAAAGCAACCAAUCCAAUGUGUCCUCUAAGCAGACAGUGGGGAUCCGAAAAGACUCGUCAGCGGCGAUUUCGCUAGCCUAUAGGCAAGAGCGAGUGAUUACUGAAAUCGUGCAUUUGCUGUAUAUUACUUCACACUAUCUUGAACUACCAUCUGUGGCUGAAGAUGAAUGGAUCAUUUCUGAGUUUGUCGGGUUUUUGAACACGCUCCGAAACUUUUUAAGUUUACCUCGGGUCCAAGUAGAUUAUAACUUCCAGAAACUUCGAAGGUAUUUCUGCGGACUCCUUGAGAAUGUCUUUCUUGGAGUUAGCCGUAACACUGAGCGCUCCAAUCCGAUAUCAUUUGAGUCGCGUAUGCGGUACUUCACGCUCAUUGAAGACUGGUGUACAGUCGGACAGCAUUGGAAUGUGGCUCGUGAGAGGGAAGCCAAAAUGAAAAGGGCUGCACUUUCUACAGUGAAAGAUUCUAGGGAGCACAACAUUAUUCUGGCUUCAAUGGAGCUCGAGAAGAAGAAAUCUGACAUAGCAAUUUUAAGUGUAUUGGCGGCAUUGUGUGCUGGUCCACUAAUGCAGCCAUUGGAUGCUGCGGGCCGUAGAAAAUCGAACGUUUCAUUUAAUAUCUCUGGGUUGCUGAAGUGGAUUGGUACUAUGUUCGAGAGUCCUAAUGAUGAAAUGCAUAGUCUGGGUAAGAGAGCCUUGAAGAAUCUACUUAUUCAUAACCCAGACCAUCCCAUUAUUUUCGAGGAGACUGUUGCAAAUGGUUAUCGUAUACACAGUGAGCCCAAGGCAUCGAAGAGUUAUUUUGUUGCUUUAGCAGAGAUUUUACUGGAAAUUCCUGAUUAUCCUUGCGAGGUGCGCCAAGCUCUAGCUCUUGGACUUUUCAAGACAGGGGACGAAGAUGACGAGGUCCGGUCUCUAGCAGUAGAUUUAUUGAAGGCAACAGAAAUUAGAUUCUAUGGAACGUCCUGUUUGCAGGAGUAUCGCGUGAAUAUUACCAACAGUACUCCAGUAGUAUACAAAAGGGCCAUGUUCAAUCUUUCAAGUAGAUUUGCUAAAGAUCAUCCCCAAGAGACGUACCUGGUAUUUUCAGAGCUUACAAAGUUCUUCCACGUCGUGAACGAUAUAUCGAGACGAGACAUUUUGGCAGUGCUACUGCCAUGGAUUCAAGCAGUUGAACUUCAAGUCGAGGUCAAUGACAUGCCUACUCCCUCUACGGCAAUGGUUAUGAACAACUUGUUUGAAAUCACUGUUACUUUCAGUAAUAGGAUCCAAAAUGAAGUGGAAGCUUUAUGGGUUGCAUUGGGCAAUGGAAAAUACCCAAAUAACGUGAAUGCAAUUAUGAACUUUGUGCUUCAUCACAGCCUUGAAAGGAGGGAUCCAGUGUUUGUCGAAUACUCACGGAAAAUAUUGGCAUAUUUGGCUGCGCCUCCUGCAGGAACUACUCUCAUAGAUGCUUUGAUGAAAUACUUACAGCCAAAGGCAAUGAUUCCCCAGCACCUGGAACCUUAUGAUUUAUCAAUCGCAGAAAGAAUGUAUCCUUACGUGGCAACCAUUUCUGCUGUAUUACCUGUGGGCAAUAAGGAGACUACUUUUUCGCAUGGUCAGUUGGCCCUGAUUCUGUUGGUAGAUCUUAUUGUUUCUCCUCUCGAAAGUGUAAAAGCCAAUUUACCCUUGAUUUUGCAUGUGUCCUUGGUUCUGUUUGACCAUUACCUACCAAUCAUCAACGAUAGAUCUCGCGAACUUUUGGUACAUGUUGUGAAUGAGUUUGCUGGCUCACAAGCAGGUGCACAAGAGUUUUGUGAGUUGAUAAGGGUCAGUAACUCCAAGUUCAACUGGUCGUAUGAUAACUUGAAUAGUGACAAAAAUGGUGCACGUACCCCGAAAAUGAUGGUUCAGAUGAUCAAGGACAUCCUUGGUAUAUUUGGCACUCAAAUCCCCGACUUGCGAGAAAACUGGUCUCGUGUAGCUUUGAUGUGGGCUACUACUUGUCCAGUUAGGCACAUCGCGUGUAGGUCAUUCCAAGUAUUCCGGUGUCUGUUGUUCACUCUGGAUCAGAACAUGCUUGCCGACAUGCUUGCUAGAUUGUCGAAUACUAUAUCAGACAGUACCACAGACAUCCAGGGAUUUGCAAUGCAAAUUCUGAUGACUCUCAAUGCUGUGACGGCAGAAUUAGCAUCGGAAGAUUUGAUUAAUUAUCCACAAUUAUUCUGGGCAACGGUCGCAUGUUUAGGAACAGUGCAUGAACAAGAGUUCAUUGAAGUCUUGUCUAUUCUAGAGAAGUUUAUUUCAAAAAUCGAUCUUGACUCAGCAGAGACUGUGGCCUGCUUGAUUGCAACCUUCCCGCCUAAGUGGGAAGCUAAGUUUAGAGGACUACAACAUGCUGUGAUACCUGGGUUGCGAUCGUCCUUGGCAUGGGAACAGUCUCUUCGUAUUUUGGAUCGAUUGAAUCAAUUGCAGGACAGCGAAAUUAUAGCUGGGCCUGACCGAUUGGCUUUGGCUAUCUCCAUUAACCUACCUCGUUACCUUCAUGCCUUGGAAAUAGGUGAGACUACCCCUGAAAUUGAAGCUUCUUCAGAUAGGCUCAGGCAAAUGUGUGAUGAACGGGGAUUGGGGGCUCUGUCACGUAUUUUGGUGUCGUUCGGCAAAGGAAGGUUUAGAUCAAAACAAGACUUUUUGAACCAGACUAUUCAAGCUUUACAGAAUAAUUUCUUCCCAUCUUGCGAAGGGUCAGUUCUAAUAUUCUUGCUUGGAAUUCUAUCCAACAAAAUCAAAUGGGUUAAGACGGAAACUAUGGAUAUACUCAAGAAGAUAUUACCGAUGGUUGAUUUGCAGAAAGAAGAGUUUGCGGGAGUAGGGGCAGAUAUUAUAUCUCCUUUACUGAGAUUAUUACAGACAGACUAUGCCGAGCAAGCGUUAGGAGUAUUGGAUGAAACAAUUAGCAUCUCAGCAAGUAACAUGGAUAAACACGUUUUGAGGAUGAGUUUGGGUAAUAGAACCAUUCGUAAGGAAUAUGAAAAGACAGCUACUAUGUUUGGUAUUCCAGAUGAAAGUGGAUGGGCUAUUCCAAUGCCGGCAGUUACUGCCAACAUUACAAGAAACAAUGUCCACGCUGUAUUCUACACUUGCAACACGACUCCUAGUACUGAACAGAUUCCUGUGUCAGCCGAGGAAUUUCAAUUUCAUAAAGAAGAGUACGGCUUUAUGGGUGGUCCAUUGGAUAGAACAGAUAGUGUUUCGGUGGCAGAAGAUGUGGAGGGAGGCUCACUUAGCCAUAUGUGGACAGCCUUGGAUAAUUUGGAUUCAUUCUUUACGAGAGAUAUGAAGAAAUCACGGCAGCAGAGACCAAACCACGAGCACAAUAUUUCCGUCACAGAUACUGAUAUGAGCACAGAUAACAAUCUUGAUCCUGUUGAAUCUGUUCCACAGUUGUACGACAAGAAAGUGUCAUUGAUUUUAAAUCGAUCUCUUGCUAGGACUCCAUCGACAACUUCGUUCAAAACAUCGCUGGCAGAUUCGUUUGGUAAUAGUCCUACUACACCCACAGCUGACGCGAGAUUUGGUAGUAGCACUAAUGUAUCAGUCAUUGGUAAUAGCGGUGGUCCCCCUACACCAAGAAAACGGGAGAUUGUUGAUUUUGGCCGUCACACAAGAUCAAGCAGCCUUUCCUCAGGUUCGGUACUGUCAUCACCUGACAUAGAUGAUCAAAAUAUGAGUCCCCAAGAUUUAGAGUCUACUGGUGAUGAGUUCAAACUUCAUAACGGUGGAUCCACUGUAUCGUUUACUAAGUAUGUUACCUCACCGAAUUCUGGUAGUAGUAAGAAAUUGAGUGGAGUGGUUCCAAGACUUGCUAGAACAAAAUCAUCGUCGUCUUCUAAUCCAUCCUCGCCUGUACAGCGAGUGCAAUCUCCGAUUAUGCGAGACCAGGCCGAGAUGCCAUCAGCACCACAAGAGAAUUCUUUUAGAUUAGAAAGUUUCUUGAGAGGAGCAAAUAUUCGCAAAGUGAAAAAGAAGGCUUCAAAGCUUGAUAAAGUGAAAGAAAAGGACAUUCGGGAUGACAAUGCAAAAGAAGAACAACGGCAAGAGGAAGAGCCGAGAUCAAAGAGCAAAUCUCGAAAUGGCAGGUCAAGCGUAAUGACCUUUGGAACAAAGUUAUCAAAUAGCCCAGCCUCAAUGUCUGCAUCUUCGUCGGUAUCUUCUUUAACAAGGCACAAAGAUAAUCAGACAGGACAGAGUUCGUAUCAAUUCCCACCUCCAAGAUAA